AAUGGGUGGAGGACAUCACGAGCCGUUUAAGAUCCCAAACUACUCAAUCUACAGCAAUUUUCGCGAUUUUCCACAGUUGGCGCAGCAUGAAAAACGACUCGCUCAAAUCGGAUUGAAGGAUCCAUGGAUCAGAAACUACGUCUACUUGUACGAUCGAAAGUAUCCACACGUUGUUGGACAAUGGGCUCAUUUCAAGAAGUUGAUUCUUCCUGGAUGGAAAGCUGGAGUUGCAUUCACAGCUGCCUUGAUUUUCGUUGAAGAAGCUUACCAAUACAAGACUCACGGAACCACCUCAUGGGAUGGUCAUCAUUAGAAUUAUCUGUUUCAAAUCUCGAGCCGAUUUCUUUUUUUUUAGUUUAAAAGUUUUCUUUUUGUGUAUGUAGUUUCUUAAACUCCAAUAAAUCAUUCAUUUUU